CCUAUAAAUUCGGCGUGGACAGCUCGGCGUGGGAGGGUGCACCGCCGGGUUCCUGCUCUCUGUGCAGCCGUGCUGUCGUGAUGGGGCUCCAGGCUGGGACACACCAGCUCCACCGGGACCUUGUCCUCCUGCCCACUGUGGUGGCGAUGCUUCUCCUCAGUGCCAGUGCCGGCCCGGCCGUGCCCACUGCCAGCCCCCGGAGCGCCUCAGGGUUCCCCCCAGACUGCAGCCGCCUCCGCAAGAACAGCCCCAGCGGGGUGUACGUCAUCCAGCCGGCUCGGUCCCCCCCGCGCGUGGUCUGGUGCGACAUGGACACUGAAGGCAAGGGCUGGACCGUUGUCCAGAGAAACUCUCAUGACACUGAGCUCAACUGGAAGCAAUCCUGGACCACCUACAAGUACGGCUUCGGGAACGUGCACGCCGAUUACUGGCUGGGCACCGAGUACCUGCACCUGCUGACCCAGCAGGGCACCUACAAGGUGCGUUUCGUCGUGCGGGACAAAACCAACGUCACCCACUUCGCCGAGUACGACAUCUUCAGGGUGGAGAGCGAGGACAGCGGGUACCCACUGAGGCUGGGCCGGCAUUCUGGCGAUGGGGACGACUACCUGACCCUCUACCACCCCAAGAAGGGGGGCAUUCACGACAACAUGAAGUUCAGCACGGUCGACAAGGACCAGGACCAGUAUAGUGGGAACUGCGCCAAGAGCUACGGGGGGUGGUGGUACAACAGGUGCCAGAACGUCCUGCUCAAUGCCAAAAACUACAUCGUUUGGCCGGGAUUCUGCGACAGCGGUGACUGCGCAUCCUCCCUCAUCCUGGUCAAACCCACAGACGUGUGCUGACCCUGCUGCAGCGCCCAGAACCCCGGCAGUGAAGGGGUGCCACCAUCCCCAGCUCAGUGCCCUGUUCCCGUGCCUGCCCACUGUCCCCUGCGAGUCCCAGUGCACGUCCUACUCUGCCCGCAGCUCCUGCACCCUCACCAGCUGAAACACAGCAGCUCUGGGGCCCAGGAGCCGUCGCCUGGAACCCUGGGCACACGGGCAGCUCCGCCCAGUGCCGCGGUGCCGGCCGGCACUGGGGCACAGGCACUGGUUUGGGGUGGGUGCGCCCGCCCCCGUCCUGGGGAGGGGGACACGGUGCCAGUUCCCUGCCCCACGCAGUCGGUGGACCCCGCUUUGCUCAGGCCUUGCUCCCUCCCCGGGCCCCGCUCCCCCCACAGCUCUGCUACCCACGGUGGGAGGAAUCAGCUGCAAUAAACCCUGGAGCCAGA